AUGUAUGAACUAAAUAUAGAAGAGGGAGGAGAGAUCUGCCAUUGUCUUGGUAUUGAUGAUCGUUUGAUCCCCAAAGAUUACAAGAAACUACAAAACGCAUUCUUAAUCCUCCUACAGAAGUCUUCAAAGAAUCACCCCAUCAUGAUCUUCCUCGACUCUCUGGAUCAGCUAUCGGAUGAAUACCAAGGUCGUGACCUCUUAUGGUUACCAAGGCAACUCCCUCCUCAUGUCCGUCUGGUAGUGACAGUGCGACCCGAUGCAGGGUUCUGCCUUACAGCCAUCAAAAACCUGAUCAAUAAGUCUGAAUAUUUCCUGGAGAUCAAGUCUUUGGCUGAACCUUCCAAACUGCCUAUGCUGGAAUGCCUACUUGCAAAUAAUGGGAGAACUCUGACGAAAGACCAGAUGAGGAUCGUCUUGAGAGCACACAAGGACAACAAACCGACGGCUCUGUACAUGAAGAUAGCGUGUGACAUGGCAAGCAACUGGAACUCCCACACACCACUCAAGACCUGUAAGAUAGCUGGAGACAUCACAGGCAUCAUCACACAACUCUUUGAACAACUUGAAGAGAAGCACGGGAUGCUUUUUGUCGCCCACGCCCUUGGCUACCUGACCUGUUCCCGCUCGGGUCUUACAUCCAAUGAGCUGCUAGAUAUAUUGUCUUGUGAUGAUCCAGUGUUGGAGGAAGUCUUUGAAUAUUCCACACCACCGAUACGAAAGCUACCUCCUCUACUGUGGACAAGAUUAAGGCUAGAUCUAGGCAGUAAUCUUGUUGAAAGUGGAGCAGAUAACAUGGUUGUCUAUAGGUGGUACCACAGGAUAUUCUACGAGGUUGCCUACACCCGUUACGUGCAGACCAACAUGCAACAGCUCCAUCAGAGCAUUGCUGAAUACUUCUCAGAAAGGUGGGCACACACCCCUAAGCCAUACGUGAACAAGAAAACCAAGAAGGUCGAUGUGGCCUUCAGACAGGUCCAGACCCAGCCCUUAGUCCUGGACCAAGGACUUCAGGAACAGAGAGGGGGCAGUGCCAGUUCCAUCCGGAAUGAGUUCAAGAAGACGGCUGGUCCUCGUUACAACAUGAGGAAAUUGACAGAGCUUCCGUUUCAUCUGAUCCGAGCAAAGAUGUGGGAUGAAAUAGAGAAGGUAAUGUGUUCCAUACCAUGGAUAGAAGCCAAAUGUCAAACUGGAAGAAUAUAUCAGCUGAUCCUAGAACUAGCCCAGGCUGCCGACCAAUCGGAUCACAAGUCCCAGAAGGUAACCGACUUCUACUACAUGAUAAGGGCCAAUGCCCAGAUCAUCCAAGAGAACCCGGAGCUCAUCACGCAGCAAGCCUUGAAUGAACCCGACUCCUCGGCUUGCUGCCAGGUCGCUGCUGAAUACCUCAAAUCAAAUUGCAAGAAAAAGCUGUGCUGGCAAGCCUUGUCCAAGAGCCAAGUUCAAAGUGCAGAGGUCAUGACCCUUACCCAUACUGCACCUGUAUUUCUGGUGCAGUUCUCCCCCAAAGGCAACCUCCUGGCGACUGCUUGCACAGACAACACAGUCAGGAUAUGGAUUGUUGCAAGUGGAGCCCUUGAGGCUACCAUAGAGACGGCAGCCUUGAAAGCUGUAUUCCCACCAUCGGCCAAUUGGGUAGCCAUCUUGGGAAGCAAGUCCAUCUGUACCUAUGGGAUAGGAGAUUUAAGCCUCAGUAAAGGGAAACUCCUGAAGCGCAUUAACGUUUCCAAAGUGGAACCAGUCAACGGGACGAUCUUUGUUCCAUCAAACUCCAAGCACCUGUAUUUCUACUCCUACGGCAUCCUUACUAUCUAUAAUGCUCUCAGCGGCAAGGAGAUACAGAAGUCUGAUGUAUCACCUCGGCCAAAGUGUAUAGCCUUCUCUCCUGAUGGAAAGCUGAUGGGGAUUGGUAACAAAGGUGUCUUCCUCUGGGAUAUAUUUGGAAAGAAGGUUUUGAAGACAUUUUGCGACUCCAUGCUGUGUGUGCAGAGUUCCUUGAGGUUUUCAAAGGAUGGCAAGACCCUUUGCGGGGUGUUGAAGAAUGGUACAUACUGCUGGCCUGUGAAAGGGAUUGGGACCAAUCCAACGGAUGUCCUCAACUUGAACUGCCUAGGUGGGGUGGGUGUGGUCUCACCAAACUUAGACUUUGGGUUCUCUCUCAUGGAAGACGACACUGUGGAGAUCCUGAAGAUGAAAGCCAAAGAAUGGUGUAAGCUGAGUGGUCACAAGGGUCCUGUCAAGUGUGCUAACUUCUGCCAGCCAAACUCCCAGUAUGGAUUCCUUGCCACGGGCAGCGAUGACCACACUGUCAGGAUAUGGGACACCAACCACAUCACCAAGUUUACCCAAAGCGCUCCAAAGGUAAAGCAAGUUCACAGUGGUCCUGUUAGUGCGUGUAUAUUCUUUCCCGAUGGUUCCAAGGCAGUGACGUCGUGCAAGGGAGAAGACUGUAUCCUGUGGGAUCUAAACCAGAGCGUACCCCAGGCCUACGCCGUCCUAGGAACUCCGGUCGGUUGUGUAAUGGAGAAAGUUCAGUGUGUCUCCGAUGACGGCUGUUUUGUGUUCGCAACAUGCAACGGAUCUGACUUUGAUAUCUGGAAUCUUAAGUCUACUCCCAGAAGGGCGGAUAAGGUGGCGAUUAUCUCAAGGCACAGACUUCUCCCUUUCGUCAGCCCACGCUACCUCUUUGUGAAAUGCAAGAGUCAUGCCAUAGCUUGCUUUACGACAGACAACAAACCCGGUGACAUCUUCGUCUACGACCUCCUGUCGGCUUCCUGUAUCGGUGACUGGAUGGCGUAUCCCGAUGAGAUGCCCCUCUUUGAUGACUACACCAUGUGUGUUAAAACACUCCACCAUGGACCUGACUUUUAUAUUGCAGCGGCUGCGUUGAGUGACGACCAGCGAUGCCUGGCCACCGUGGCCAUACGAACCUCAUCAUCAGACAACUCCCUGAAGCCUAUCCCUGAAACCAAGGCACAAGCCUACCUCACCAACCCACCCAUUGUCCGCAUCUGGCACAUAUCCAAAGGCACGCCCAUGUUGGAGGUGGAUUUGACGGUCACGAUGACAAGAUUUCAUAAGAUUCGCUACCUGGCUGAUCAACUCAUCGUCUUCAUGCACAUGAAGUGGAGGGACGGGCUGAACGACCGUGGAAGAAGUAGCUCCAAGAGUGGGCGAUUGAAACGUUGUGAAGAAGAGGAGCACAAACAAGGCGAGGUCAUGGUCUUGGUCUUGGAUUCCUCAUCCGGUUACGCCCUCUACACCGAGAAACGGCCAGGUAUGUACACCAAGAUGAGCGUUCCGAAGGCACGGUUCCUCAACACCAAGAGAACCGCGAAGGAGAAUGCCCAGAGGACGUUCCUGAGCUGCGUGAAGGACGGGAUCCUGAUCACGAGACGGGUCGGUGAUAAUCAACCGGUUGGUAAAUUCAGGCAGAAAGACGAUGACGUGACUGCCUAUGCCUUCUCUGCGGAUAACAGCAGGACAUUGGUGGGUGUGGAUGAUGGGACGGUUCAUCUCCUGCGGAUUGUCGGUGAUUCCUGAUGGUAGUCACGGCCUUGGACAACUCACAGGAUAGUCAACAGACCGUAUGCAUGUGACGUCAUAAUCUCAAUGUGCCCUCCCUCACAGGAUUUUGGAAUGCGCGCAAAUGGAGUUGUCAGAGAUCCGCCAUCAGGAGAUCACCGUGGCAAUUGCUUCAGCCUCUAAGAUGGCAUUGCGAUGACAUCAACGCAUAAGGUCCAGCGGUAAUUGUCACAAUGUCUUUUCCUUUCUGUUGAGACAAGCAGGUCAGCUUACAAAACCAAGUAGGCCAGCAUGAUGGAGUCAAGAUUACCGUGCCUCUUGUGUUAUGUUUUUUCCACCUAUUACUCUUCGUCUUCAAUCACUGCAGUACAGGUAAACACCAGCCGUCUGUAUGUCAUCAAUGUUCUCUCAAAAGCAAAAUAUCUUUUGAUAGUUUCUAACAUACAAUAUUUUAGUAUUGUAUAAUUGCGUGAUGUCUGCUUGAAAAUAAGUUGAUUGUCUUUCAUGUCAAUAUAAAGCCAGAUUUGGACUCCAGGAUCCUGUAACACAAAGGAUAGCAAUUAAUCGUAUGCUUGAUUUUCAUUAAUUAUACAUUGUAGUCAAUGCAAUCAAUCGUAAGAAAAGUGUGCUACAAUGAUUGCUAAGCUUUGUGUUACGGGCCCCUGAUGUAAAUGACUUCUCAGACUAGGGCCUGCCUUACAAAGAGUUGUGAUUGAUCCGAUCAAUCACAACUAUGGAAAGCCAGCAAAGUCAACAUAUAAAAUGCAUGUUUGUUCAAAAGAUGUUCUAGAUAUAAAUGUAUAUCCAUGAAUUCAUUGAUUUCUUGACAAUUUGGUGUGUUCUCCUUUGUUUAGAAAGGAUAUUUUGCAAAUUUCCUGUAGAAAUAAUUAUGGCACUGAUGGCUUUCCAUAGAGUUACGAUUGAUUGGAUCAAUCAUAACUCUUUGUAAGACGGGGGCCCAGGCAGGUCUAUUAUCAAUUCUGGUAUAUCGCGCCAUUGGAAGGAUAGAGGGUGAUAUGUGAAUGUGGAUAGAGCUAUGUUGUCUUCUGAUGGUGUAAUACCAUAGUGUCAAAAAAAAAUUUAUCUGUACAUGGUUGUGUUGUAUGUUGGCCAUUACUUGUUUCAGGUGAUUUUGGCUAAGGCGUUUUCUCUACAGUAUUCAACGUUUUAUGUAACAUAAGAUAAACAUUCAAUACAAAGUACUAAGGCUCAAGUAUUCAGAUUUAUGCCUUGAUGUUUAAAACAAACAAAAUCAUAUAUUUUUCAUGGCAAUGAAUGAUUUUAUACAGUACAUUUUAUAUCUUUCUGAUUAUUUAAAAAAGGUCAGUGAAAAUUAUUUCCAAUUCCAAUGUUUUGAAUGCAAUUUUUCUAACAAUAAGAGGUCAGUUUAUAGAAAUUUGAUUGAAUGUACAUGUAUGAUUAUCUUUAAUUUAUAUUAGAUGUGUAUGUCAGCCUUUCCCCCAGCCUCAGGUCUUUCUUGCUAAGGUGUGCCUAUCAGUCUUUCAUUUUAGAAACAUAAAAUUGGAAUGUGAUGUUUCUCUAAAAAUAACUUAUGACAGUAGUCUUUCAGAUACGUGUACAUGCAAGAGAGGGAGAGAGAGAAAGAGAGAGUGUGUGUAUAAGAGAGGGGUGAGAGAGAAAGAGAGAGUGUGUGUAUAAGAGAGGGGUGAGAGAGAAAGGGAGAGAGAGAAACAAUUAAAUGGCAAUAGCUGUUUAAUCCAUGCAUUUACAG